AUGUCCCAGGACCCAGGCAGGCCACAUACAAGUGAAGGAACAUCAGGUAAAUCAGAAGAUAAUCAGCAGGACAACUUGGAUAAUUCCGAACAGUCUUCCAGAAAGAAGAUUCGACAGAAUACGCCAAGUCCCAGCAGAGGCAAUACACCUCAAGGUAAGCAAAAUUACUACUUCAAACCUGAUUUCCCUCUUCAGAACCAAAAUACCCUCCAGGAGUUCUCUCUCUGUGUUCUGUACAUCAAGGUAAUUUUCUCACUAUAAAUGGAGCAUUUUCUGAACAGUAUGUUUUUUUAUUCAAUAAAACGUAUUUCUUAAACAAGUAGUAACGCUGAACCAGGCUUUCUACCUCACUUUGUGAUAUUGCACCACAUACUCCAAUGCAUGGGGAGGAAAUAAGACAUUGGAUUGACACCCAAUGUUAGAACUGUGGGUUGUAUCCAAAGUAGUGCUACGUGAAUGUUCUGUGAACGCAAGGACUUCUACUUGAGCAAUUGAAUGUUUUAUCCCAUCCUACUCUCACAUGCCCCCUAAAUCUGUUCUAAUGGUUUCCCCAAAUCUCUUGAGCAGUUUUGGGGAGGGCACAUGCAAGGAGAGGGUGUGAAAGUCAUGGAAUCAUGUAGUGUUGGAAGGGACCCCGAGAAUCAUCUAUUUCAACCGGCUGCAAUGCAGGAAUCUCAUUGCACAAGUGAGAAUCCUAGCAUUAAUGGGGCACAUUAAUAGAGUACUGCCCCAUGCUUAUUUGUAGUCCAAUCUCAGUUUUUAUUUCCUGAAGCUGGAAAUCUUGCAGCUUUUCCUUUCUGUUUCUUCCUUAAAUGGCAGAGUUUUUGGUUGCUUCCAAUGUCGUGAAUUCAACAUACCUCACUUAUUGAUGAAGGGCUAUAUCUUUUGUUUCCUUUUAACAGCCCUCCUUUCCAAUUUUCCUCUUUGAUGUUGUUGUAGCACAAAUUCUGCCCAUCUGACAGCUUUCACUUUUUCCUUUUUGUGACCAUACCUUCCUUUCUCAGAAGGCUUGGUGAGGAGAAGCAUAUUCCUUCUCUUCAUCUUUGAAUUUUACAGGCACGGAUUUGCACAGAAUGACCUGUAAGCAGCCCACUUCUUUGUGCAGCUUCAAACAUGAUGGUAGCAUACAAACUCCACAGGAUGGUCACAGACUGAACAUGGCAGCCUUCCCUACCCUGGUGCCCUCUUGUUGGACCAACUCCCAUCAGCCCCAGGCAGUCAGGGAUGAUGGGAAUUGCAAGCCAACUAUAUCUGGAAGUCACUACAUUGGGAAAGGCUGAGAUGUACCAUUAGAUAACUUAUCUUUUUUGAGGACAUUCUUGAAACAUAGUGGACAUUUACUUCUACUAUUUCCAGUGGUAUCUUUGAUUGUCCAUCCUUAUCAAUUCUUAGGAACUGUAAACUUUAAAAUAAUACAGACCAUGCUCAGUGAGAUGGGAACAGUCAUCUCUGUUAAUUUACAAUUUUUUAAAUUAAUGGGACAUUUUGCUGAAGUAUAUUUCAUUGCCUUACAGCCAGCCCUCCUCAGUUUGUGUCAGUGGAGGAGCUGAUGGAAACGGCAAAAGGCGUUACCAACAUGGUGUUGGCCCAUGAAAUUGUCGUCAAUGGAGGCUUCCAAAUUAAGCCAGCCGAAUUGCCAGAAAACAGGUAUGAUGUCUAUUGUCGCAAGCAUAAAAAGUUUAAAACAAAAAUAUAAUUUUUGCUGUACGAAAAGGCAGCACCGCAACUACUGGAUCCAGGGGUGGGGGAAAAUCAGUUAAAAACAUCUCACUGUUUAUACAUGGAAAUGAGAAAUACAGAAAAUAUUGUGGCUGGUCAGGCAUUUGUUGAGAGAACAUAAGCUUGUUAACAGUGGAUACACCAUAUUCUGUUUGCCAUGAACCAAAUGCAUGGGAUCCUCCUCACCCUGUGAACCACAUCCUCUCCCCGGAGGCCAUCAGCAACAGGCUCAUAUAGCCAUGAAGGUUAGCUUUGUACAUCUAGCUCAAGUGUUAUAUCCUAUAUGUAGUCAGGGAACGUUAUGUUCAUGUUUCUACAUAAAGUCUAUUAAGAGCAUAGGAGGAGAUAGAAUGCUUACAUCAGAAUACACACACAAUCAGCUGUGAUUCAAAUUUCCACAUUCACCACACAACUCAUUUAGGAAGCUGUUUUGCAUAUUAUCUAUGGAUGGAGUUCUCAAAACCUUCCAACCCUUCUGGCAGCUACACCCCCUAUCCUUUUCAUCCCAUUUUGGCGACAGAGUCUCCCUUACGUGUUCCUUUUGAGCUAGAACUUCCUCUUGGACGCAGUGAAUUAUUUUGUUCUCUACCAAUGUAUUUUAUUCAACUGUAAUGUUGGACAUUUCAAGAAACCACCUAACUGCUAGUGAUGGUCCCCCCCCCUCAAAGCGUCACGAGCUCAUUGUACUUGGCUUUGUGUUAGAAUUACCAUUUCAGUUUUCUUCUCCUGUUGUGUUGCUUGUCAGCCUUGAAAGAAGAGUAAGGGAUAUUGUCCACAAAGCUUUUUGGGAUUGCCUGGAAACACAGCUAAAGGAAGAUCCACCAUCAUAUGAUCAUGCAAUUAAACUUGUGGGAGAGAUCAAAGAGGUAAGAGGGGCUAAUGUAUUUCCAUAAGCAUACUUCUUGUCCAUACAUGAUUCUACAUUGUUUAAGGGUAGUUGCAACUGUAUCAAUCCCAGUACAGGUCUUCAGAGACCUACACUCUUUCCUUCUCCCGGUACAUUUCUUCCUUCUCUUUGCUUCCUGUUUUCUAACUAGUAACCAGCCCAUAAAAAGGUUCUGCCCUGCUUUCCUGUGACUGCUAAGUUCCUUUGGCAGGUACUAUGUCAAAAGCUUUUUGAAAGUCCAAGUAAUUAUAUUAUCUUCCAGAUGGACUUCAUCUACAGUGGUGCCCCGCAAGACGAAUGCCUCGCAAGACGGAAAACCCGCUAGAUGAAAGGGUUUUCCGUUUUCAAUGCACUUCGCAGGACGAAUUUCCCUAUGAGCUUGCUUCGCAAGACGAAAAUGUCUUGCGAGUCUUGAGAUUUUUUUUUUGCUUUCCCCCCCCUUUUUCUAAGCCGCUAAGCCUUUAAUAGCCUUUUAGCAGCUAAUCCGCUAAACCGCUAAGCCUUUAAUAGCCGCUAAACCGCUAAUAGCGCUAAUCCGCUAAUCCGCUAAUAGGGUUGCUUCGCAAGACGAAAAAACCGCUAGACUCGCGGAACGGAUUAAUUUCGUCUUGCGAGGCACCACUGUACGUUAUUUGCUAAUAUCUGCAAAGAGUUGUAAAAAUAUGAUGAGGCAUGUUCAGAAGCAUCUUUGAUUUAGACAAAUAGAGAUCCUCAUGUCCUGUUUGAGCCUCACAAAGGCGUUUGAUUGGGUAGUGCUGGAGCCAAUGUACAAGGCUAGAUAAAUUAAUUGGCCUGAUCUAUCAAGGCAGUUCCUAUUUUCUUAGACCAAUGGCAUCUUUAGUCUAGUGUCCUGUCUUCAGCAUUGACCCUGUUUCAUAAGGGCAUGGACUGGUGGCAGGCAACACCUGAAUCCUUUGGAUAGCUUUGCAGUGCUUCCAUAAUGACUUACAGCCUUAAGCCCUGCCCCACUGUGCUCUGGAAUCAGUAUGGCAAACAGUUUCUGUUGUCUCGUAAUCCAAUUUACAACCUGUCGCUAGUGAAAAAUUAUGUCGGUCACAGUCUGCCACUUGAUUGACUGAGGCAUUUCAUUCCUCUUCCCUGGCCCCUUUAACAUCUGUGAUGGAACUACUCAUUGUGUCUCCGCGUAUCUUCAGAACCUGCACACUGCUUCUCCUCUGCAAAGUGAGGUCAGUAGAGGGAGAUUUGCAGGGAAGAAGCGGCAGCAAGAGAAGCGGAGCUUAAUCCUACCCUCUCUUGCAGUUUCCCCCUUGCAAUCUGCAACCCCAUCUCUGUUUCAGAUCCAUGUUUGUGAUGGAAAUAAUCAUUCUAAAAGUUAAGCAAAGUGGUAGUUGAAGAACAAGUUAAGUACCCUUUCUCACAUCCCCUGUUUCUUUGCUGAUGUCCCUCCUUGACACCACUUUGCAGAAUGGAAGCAUCAGAUGUGAGUUUAAGGAUAUAAAAUGGAGCAGAAUUUGUCACCCUUCAAUACACUGGAGCUUAUGCAUGCGUACACCAGUGUUAACCCCCUGUUCCAGAAACCAAGGGUUGCAUCCAACAAAGCCAUCCUGUUUGUGCAAGGGCUUCCACUUGCAGAAUGGAACUACCCCUCCCUCUCCCCACAUUCCAUCCCCCAAAUAUGCUCCAGAGGGUUGGGAAAAGCCCUGCAACAGACUGGUGGGGGGGGUGGAGGAGAGGAAGGGGAUGUUCUUGAGCAAGCAGAAAUCCUUGUACACAUGGGAUUACUUCAUUGGAUGCAACCCCAAAACAGUUCUUCUGUACACAGUGAAUGAAAACUUCUAUUAAAACUGUUAAUGAUUUGACCUUAUUUUACUUUUCCUAGUAACACAAUAUUGCUGCAACUGUUACUCACUUCGAAAUAGUGUUGAUUGAUACAGCAACAUAAUACUGCUAUGAGCUAACAAAGGAACAUUGCUUUCUUUCAGACGCUUUUGUCUUUUUUGCUGCCUGGCCAUACUAGAUUAAGAAAUCAGAUUACCGAAGCUCUAGACCUGGAGCUGAUAAAACAGGAGGCAGAGAAUGGGGCCCUUGACAUUUCGAAGUUGGCAGAGUUCAUUAUUGGAAUGAUGGGAACGCUCUGUGCUCCAGCUAGAGAUGAGGAAAUUAAGAAGCUGAAAGACAUUCAUGAAAUUGUUCCCCUGUUCAGGUACUCACAUUAAAUCAGUGUCUGCCUUUGGAAAAAUACUUUGAAUGUUUUUGAUAACCAUUGGCAGAAUACAAAAAUUAUGCAUGUAGCAAUGAAAUAAUACAUGUGUGUUCAUGUUUGUUUAAUGGAGAACUUAUUGGUGGAAAUGCAAGUGCAAGAAUAGUGAAUAAUAUGGAAAUUAUUUUUUUAUCAAGACUACUUUUAUAGAGGCAUUCAUUGCAACUGGGAUUUCCCUCUCCAGCUAGUUUGGAAAGUAGAUAAAAUCAUGUAUACUCCUAAAUACACACAAAAUGUGGCAUUUAUGUCUACCCCUCCCUACGGCUUUAGCUGACGUGUCAGACUGAGGUGGGCAUUCAUAUUUUGCUUGUAUGUUCCUCAAUGAUGAAGGGGAAGGGAAAGGAGGAGAAAGAUUUUUUUCCACAUUGGAUACCAAAUGCAUGGGAAUGUAUUCUAGUCCGGCCUUCUACCUGACAUUGUAAUUUCUGUAUGGGAGGGGGCUCUUUGUUUUUGUAAAGAUGAGCAUUAAUUCAUGUAAGCCCCAACUGCAGUAUUAAGCUGUCUCAGGCUUAUCAUCUAAGCAAGAAUUGGGCAGUAGUGAUCUGAAAAACUGCUAAAGGUAAUUUUUAGCAUAUAAUACAUAUGCCAACAGAAUUGUUCUCUAGAAAGCACUGUAUGUCUUCCUGUUCUUUAAAAGGGGAUUGUUCCUAGUUCUCCCCACAUAGUUCUUUAGUUAGAUUACUUAAAUAUGAUUUGCCCCCUUAGCUCUUCACUUUUUCAUUUGCUUUAUCUCCUUCUUUUACAUUUGAUAAAUAUUGCAAAUUUUGCGGGCAUGCGAUUUGAUUUAUUGCAGACAUUUAGACAUGCUGUAUUUCUUAUUGAUACCGUUUUUUAAAAUACUGCGCACUGCUUUGAUUUUUUUUUUUUUUAAGAAAAUUAAGCGAUUUAUAAAUGUCCUUAAAUAACUAUACACACCUGCUUGAAAUGUCUUCUUGAUUUUGCAGAGAGAUUUUUUCUGUGUUGGACUUGAUGAAAAUGGACAUGGCUAAUUUUGCUGUCACCAGCAUAAGGCCACAUUUAAUGCAGCAGUCAGUUGAAUAUGAAAGGAAGAAGUUUCAGGAACUUUAUGAGAAACAACCAAGUACGGUUUUUGUUAUUUUGCAUUGCUAAAUGAUCUGCUUUUUUGUUUCUUAAAAGACAAAUUUAUUAAGCUGAUUCAUCAUAACUGUUCAGUCCUUAAUUUGAUAAUUAUGCCAAAAUAACUCUCCAUGAACGGCAGAAAGCUUACUGAACUCAGUGGGGCUUAUGUCUGAUGAACUGUAUAUGGGAGGUCCUUCUGCAUAAACGUUGGGUGUUUCUCAGUGCCAUGAAUGGGAGCAUGCAAUGCAGUUUAAAGAUUGCAGUUUUAGCAUAACUGUAUUAGGGGGAAAGGGACGCGGGUGGCGCUGUGGGUUAAACCACAGAGCCUAGGACUUGCUGAUCAGAAGGUCAGCGGUUCAAAUCCCCGCGACGGGGUGAGCUCCUGUUGCUUGGUCCCUGCUCCUGCCAACCUAGCAGUUCGAAAGCAUGUCAAAGUGCAAGUAGAUAAAUAGGUACCACUCCGGCGGGAAGGUAAACGGCGUUUCCGUGAGCUGCUCUGGUUCGCCAGAAGCGGCUUAGUCAUGCUGGCCACAUGACCCGGAAGCUGUACGCCGGCUCCCUCGGCCAAUAAAGCAAGAUGAGCGCCGCAACCCCAGAGUCGGUCACGACUGGACCUAAUGGUUAGGGGUCCCUUUACCUUUACCUAUUGGGGGAAAUGAGCAGUGCUAAUAAAAAUAAGCAUUCAGAGUGCAAAUGUCUGGAUAUCUAUUUCAGUUUUUAAAGCCAAAUUAUUAACCAACUAAAAAAAUUCAGUCAGCUGAAAAUCCAGAAACAAUAGGUCCUUGGAUAGAAUUAUUCAACAUGCCUUAGCUCUUAAGGCCAUCUUCCCUAAGGACCAACACCCUUCCCUAAAUGUCUUUCACAUUGGAGGUGAUGCUGAUCCAAAGUAGGGAGAUGGCUUUCUCAGCUGUGGUGCUCCAAGUAUGAAAUAUUUUAGAUCUGAUGAUGAGAGACUUCUCUAUUCCCCUAGGCAUUUUAAGUAUUGUUUCACAUCCUACACCUGCUCAUCUUAUUUGUCAGCUGUUUUAAUGUCUUUUGUUUUAAACUGUUUUGAUUGGUUUGCGCGAUAUAUGAACAAAAUAAAAACAUUCUGUUCAAUCAGUUUUGACCAAGGGCGGUAUAAAAAUAUUUCAAAUGUAUAGGCAGGAAAAUGGGUUGAUGAGAAAAUGGUCUGGUAAGUCCGUUUCUCCCUCAAAACAGAUUCCUUAGAUUUCAUCACUGAGUGGCUGCAAGAAGCUGCGGAUGACCUGAGAUCCAGAAUGGUGCCUGCUAUUGAUCAUGGUGCCACGUCUACCAGUACUGCUCCUGUGCUCUGUCCGGUUGCUGUACAGAAUCAUGCAUACCUUAAGCUCCUCAAAUGGGAUCAUCUUCAAAAGCCUUUUCCAGAGGUAACGAUUUGCUUCUCUGCAAUUACUAUAACAAUGUUUGGAUUGGUAGGGUGCAUUCAGACAUACACUUGAACUCGGUUGGGCAAGCCCCUUUGAAUGCUAAAUACGGGGAUGAGUAUUUGAUUGUGUGGCAGUGUGGGAUGUGCUUGUUGUUGUUGAUUAUCGUCUUUGAACCUAAUCUAGAAGUUCCUGGUAGCUUAUACACUGAGUCCUCUUGUCAAGUGGAGCUGUUAGUCAGUCUGUAACAGGUCUAUGCUCAUCUGCAAUCUUAUCGUGGAUGAAAGGGCUGACCUGACAUGUUUUGCUGAGGCUUGGGUAGAUCGGCUGUUCUUGCAAGGAUGCUUAGUACUGCACCUGGCUAGACCAGAGGAUUGAGGUGAGGGUGCUGCCGUUAUCUUCAUCAGACAGUCUCCUGAACUAGGAAAUGGACAUUGAGAGCUUACACUAUAUAACUAUUACAUCAUCUCACCUUGCUCCCUGCAUUUAUUAUCCUCUGUUGUGUUAAAUUUUUUUUUUUACAGACUGUGCUAAUGGACCAGAGCCGCUUCCAGGAAAUGCAGCUGGAACUGGACCAGCUUAUUUUAACUGGAGCGAUUCUUCUGGUAACAUUCAAUGCUGCAGGCACAGCGCUUUCAGGCUUGCCAGCAUUUACGGCCAAUCUCAAAAUGGUUAUCCGGGUACUGCUGACAGGUCUACACCUCCCGUGAGUACCGUGUGACUUUGGGGCCCUUUAUAGGGUGAUGCAGGAUGAUAUAGACGUCAGUUUCAACUAGAUCUCGGGCCUGUUUUGAAAGGAGACUUGCACAUUCUUCCCUACUUCUCCAAGUAGUAAAAGGCUUUAGAAAUUAUGAGGAAUUUCCAUUAUGAGGUAUAAAUAGCCUUUCGGAUAAUUCUAUUUGGAGUAACCUUUGAUUAUAUCACUUCAGAAUACAGGGCUGUGGGAAUCUCCUGAUACUCUCACAUGUAAGAAAUAAAACGGAAUGGGAAAGGGUUAUAGGUAGUUUCUUGUGUGGAGAACAUUUAAACAUAUGCAUUCUGAAGAGUUAUGAGUCUGAAUUUUUCUUAAUGUAGCUCCCAGUUGUGUCUAGGAAAUUGCUGGCACCCCCCCCCCAAUAUAGACACACCCACUUGUUUCUUUGAGAACUCAAAUCCCCUCUUUAAAAAGGAAGUAGUUGGUGUGUGAUGAUUCCUCCAGUAAUGUUCCCUCAGUCUGUAAGGUUUUUACUCAUAUAGCUCAUGUUUUGUUUGAUUGGUAUACAUUAGCUAACCUGUCAAUUAAAUUCCAUCUUGCUUAUGAGCUGUUAAAGUUUGAUCAUCUUUUUCUAGCUCCUUCAACUUGAGUGAAGCAUUGGCUGUCAUAAGUGAAAAGAUUUGUGCUGAAGUUAAUAGUUGCCUUUCCCAACAUGGAUUCACACCUUUCACACUUGAGAAGGAGACAGAGCUUAAAGGACAGAUCCAGGCUGUGGCCAAGCCUAAUAACACUGUGUGCAAACUGAUAGGUAUGCUUUGUAGAUCAGAUGACUGCUCUUUUCCCUGCAAUAGUUGUGCAAAAUCCAUUGUUCUGCAUGUCUAAGUCAAACAUACAUUUGAGGACAUGGGUAUAUCUUAUAUUUGUAAAGUGAAGGGGAUAGUAAUGCUUCAAAUGGGUGAAUGCACUCGUUUUGAGAUGAGAGAUUGUAUUGGCUGCAUGUGCACAUCAUAAGACUAAGCCAAAAAUCCUGGUUUCAAGAGCCAGGAUAUGCAUGAGCAGUAUGCACUUGUAGGCAGCCCCUUUCUUGCUGCUUCAUUCCUCCCUUUCUUGAGCUGCAAAAGCAAGCCAGGACUGAACCAUAGCUUCUUGUUAUAUGCAUAUCCUGAAACUAUGACUAAUGGCUUCAAAACAAGCCAAGGUAUUAAACCAACAUUAAACCUUGGUUGAAUGACACUGUCUUGUUUGGAAGCUAAAAUCCAGUUUCAAAGUUUUCAUGUAAUGGGAAACUAUGCUUAAGUGCUGAAUCCUGUAAAGGAAAGUGGCAGGAGCCUGCAGCCACUGCCUAGCAGAACCAUUAAAAAGCUACUGUAUUUUUCGCUCCCUAAGAGUUUUUAGAGGGGGAGUGCAAGAAAAAAAAAAUUCUUUAAAGUGAUUGUCUACAUCCCAGGCUCUGCUCAGCGCUCCCUUUCACGAGCCGCGUGCAGUGUGUGUGCGGUGCUUGCAGGCUUUUCCCCGAGGAGGGAGAAGGGCAGCCCAUCAGUGACUGCCCUUCUCCCACCUCGCGGGAAAGCCCUCAAGAGCUGCUCACAUGCUCCAUGCGGCUCUUUAAAGGGAGCGCUGAGCAGAGCCUCCUGCCUGUAUUCACUCCAUAAGACGCACACACAUUUCCCCUUACUUUUUAGGAGGGGAAAAGUGUGUCUUAUGGAGCGAAAAAUACGGUACUUUGUCAAGGUGUGGAGGUCAAAAACCAGGAAGGAAGGAAGGGCUGCUUUUGGAAAAUGAAACUUUUUGUUGAGGAAUUACUGAAAAGUGAUGUCAGGUUUGAGUUUUCCAGCUAUGAGUGAGGGUGUUCCUCUUGGAACUGGGAAUCAGAGAUACAUGGGAAUGUUUGAAAUGAAGGUGAAAUGAUGCUAAAAGAACUCCAGAUUUUGUUCUGUCUGUGAUUGUGGUAAGACGGUUGUAUGAAAAUAAAAAUUAAGCACCAUUAUGGGCCUAUUUGAUGCAUGUUAUCAAAAGAGGAUUUUGGGAUCUUUCAGUAAGUCUUACUAAUAAUUUACUUCCCUUCUCAAGAUUCAAGAAUCCAGUCGUUUCUGGAGAGCUACCUUGCUUCUGGCCAUCAGAAAUCUCUUCCUGCCAUUCCUGGUGGAUUAGGCCCUAUUCAGAAAGAGCUGGAGGAAAUUGCUAUCAAGUACGUUCGCCUUGUUGACUACAACAAGAUGGUCUUCAGUCCUUACUAUGAUGCAGUUCUCAGCAAAAUACUGAAUGAAGAAGACUCAUCUUAGCUAUCUGUGAGCAAAACUGGGAAGACUCAUUGGUAUGCUGCCCUAAAGAAGAUAGGGUAGGAGAAGGCUGUUACACUCAUGCUUUCUGUCAGAAUGAUGAGGGUUGGGAAACAGAGGCCUUUUUCAGACCCCAGUUGUUUCUUGGGGAUCCCCACAGUCUGUCUUGGUAUCCCCUAUUCCCCACCAGACCCCCUCAAACACAGACCAGUUCUGUUUAGGAACUUAAGUCAAAUUCAACACAGCACAGUUUUAUUUAGGCACUUGCGUGUUGGAGGUAGAACGAGAAGUUGCAAGAUUUAAAUGUUCACUUCCCCCUGCUUUCACCCCAGUUUAGUAACUGCUCGAAGCCAAUGCCAGUCCGCAAUUGGACUAGUGCAGAGAUGUGCUGCUCCCAUCCCAUCCUGGUCCUUCUGGCUGCUGUGUAUGCGAGUGUGCUUCUAUACAUGGAUCACUGUUAUUUGGGUCAGGGUGGUCAACUGUAUGUGUUGUAGAAAACUUACAAUCCUUGGGCAACAGCUUUGCUAGGAAUCUUUCACUAAUACAGUAGCGAUGACUGAGCCGCAAGUGGAUACAUCAGGUGAUGUAAAAGGUACAUGAAAAUACACCAGUUUAGUACUUACUAAUUCAAAGCAAGUAAGAACUGAUGGUGUAUUGACUUUUGAAAUAAGGGCUUGAGGGUAAGACUAAAAUGAUAGAUGUUGAAAUUAUCCUAUUAGCAUGUACAUUGAUGCAAAAGAGGCUAGUAAACUUCUCUUUCUAUAUUAAGUUUUAAAUAGUUCUGAAGAUCAUCCCAAAAAUUGUAUCAGUAACUUCAGUUUCCAGAUACUCAAAACUUGGAUAUUGGUAGUUAAAGCACUUUAAAUGCAGUCUGCAACACUCUUAAGUCCUUCUGCCAGCCAGGUUUUUUCCUAAAGUAUUUUAUUCUGUACCUGCAGAUAUUCUACCAAAAGCAUAUAUAACUAUAUUUUUGUAGAGUAUUUUCUGGUUCUUCUCUACUGCAGUAUUCACAUUCUGUAGACUCUAUAUAUUGUUUCUCCUCUCGAAGUGAAAGCAAAAAGUCUGAUGAGGGAAUUUCUUCCUCCUGUAUUGCUGGAGGCAUGAAAUGCUAAUAUAGGUGAGGAAAACUUUGGAUAUCUGAAAAAGUUGGAUAAUGGAGUAUCCAUUUAAGUUCAUUCUGGAAUUUAUCUACAUAUUAUAAAAGCCUGUGAUUUAGGUGAGAAGUUGGGCUAGCUCUUAGCUUAGUAAUAUAAUACUGUGUCCCUAAUCCAAGUGCUCUUUGUACAUAGUCCUACAUUAUGAGCCUACAGCUUAGCAUGUGUGCUUGCAGAGAUACUGCUGGCACUGAUCAUGGUGAAUUCCUCCCCCCCCCUUUACCUCAUAGAGUAGCCUUUGGAAGGCCUGAUCCAGCAGACAACCCACAGGCAGGAAGUUUCCCUCUUCCCGUCGCAUCACCCUUUCCAGACUUGGAUGCAAUACUUUUCUUUGAAUGUUAGAAAUAGUGAUUUUAAAUUUAUAGUAGGAAGUGGACUACCUUUAAUGUCCCAUGGAGUUUAUAGAAAACUUUCUGCUAGGUUUUAAAACAAGUGUUUUCAGGAGUUCAUAAACAUGUGACUUAUUGGAUACUUGAGGACAUUAACUGUUUCUUAGGUGGGCUCUCUUGUUAAAAGUUUUCUAACAUCAGAGACAUGGAUGUGUAUGUUGAUUCACAAAUAUGGGAGGCAAAAAUAAUUCUGUGAAUUGGCUUUCGAAAUUGCUUUUGGCUGAAAAGCCACAAUGCACAGUAUGCUUCCUGAAUGUUUAGUAGCUGUUUUAAUCUUAAAAGGGAACAAAGAUAAAAGCCUCUACAUUAAGUAAUCUCUCUGAAUAAUAGAAUUGCUGUAAAGCAGACCAGCCCCCACCCAUCAUUAUUUAAUGAAACUUUCUCUGUUUAUGGUUUUUUUUAAAGGAGGUUCUCUUUAACUAUUCGGCCCAUUGUGUUUGAAAUGUGAUGCUCGUGAUGUCUGGAUAUAUGGCAAAGGUAUAGGGCUAAAAGGUUUUCCUCUGUGAAAAACUGUGGUUGGCACCUACCUGAAACGUAGAUCUAUGAAGUUUGAGUGAGUCUGUGAGGUUGGGUUUUAGGACCCACCAGUGCAGCAAAGGCAAGACAAAUGUCUUGGGAAGGGGGCGGAGCUCCCAGCAUUCCUCAGUCUAUGGACUCACCAAGUGGAAAGCAGGCACUGAAAUUCAAAUGGUUAUGAAAUAGAACAGUAACAAGGACAAACAUACAAUCGUCCCUCCCCAAAAGUAGAACUGCAACAGGAGUAAAUUUACCUUGAAAGCAAGGCUUGAUAAUUAUGCAGCCAACCUAAUCCCAACAAGGUGAUACUUCCAAUCAACUCUCAAAUUUUAUUACACUCAUUGAAUAUGGGUAUGGCCCUUAACUAGCUCACUCACACUAUGGAGACCUGUAUUUCAGGCAGGUGCGAAUUACACCCGUAGCGGGAGUGAGCCUGUCUGGUUGGGACAUAAAAUGGCUAAUCCCAAUUUGGGCAGGACCCUGACAAUCUGGGAACAUCUGCUGAAGGACAGCCUCAACCUCAGCUGAGACAUGCUUGUCAAUUUACUAUAAAAUUGACAUACUUUUAAAUGACAUACUUGUCAAUUUUAUAGUGUUUGACAAAAGGUUUUUGGGGCCACGCUCGUAGCUGCUUUAGAUAUCCUCUAAAGGAGCAUUGGUGGAAAGGCUGCAGCCCUUGUGGAAUACGUUGCCACAUUUUUUGGUAUUGGAAUCUUUUGAAUUUUGUAUGCAAAGACAAUGCAAGCCUUAGCUCACCUAGCAAGGAUGGAUGUGGAAACCCUGUGCCCCAGAGUGGGCAGCUGAUAGGACACAGAAAGGGAAUCUGUCUGCCUCAAAUCUCUCUGCAGUAAGGAGGGAUGAUUCUUACCGCAGGUCUUUUCCUCUUCUGCCUCCUUGCCUGUUCAAAUAUGAUUUGACUGUAGCAUUGUCUAUGCAAAAAAUGAUGUGAAUAAGGCAAAACUGAGGGGAAACGUGCUGAAUAACCAGGUAGGCUGUUGUGAGUUUGAGCUAGUUGACACCCCCCACACCAAAAUAGACUACCUUCACAGGAGACCACAGGGCCUGAAUUGAAAGAUGUUGACAGAGACCCAGCCCAGCAGGCUGUCAUUCAAUGUCAUGAUGGCUCGAAUUGGAUCUUCCAAGGGGAGUGCCUUUACGUAAGUUGUGGCUAUUUGUCCGCCAGCAUGUGGCAGGCAGAGAUGAUGUGGAAUCGUGAUGUGAUGAUGUCUUCCUGCUGUCACCAGUCACUGGUGAAUGCUUCUAAGACAUGUCUUGGCAUGGAGAUUUGCCCAAGGUGGUGUUUGUGAUGCUGAUAUGCACACCCAAAGGCAUGGGACAGCUGCGUAAUGACCACUUUUUUUGCUGUGAAGAGACUUCUGGUGGCUGCUUUAAUUCAAAUUACUCUGUCCAGUGCUGAGGGGAUAAACCCUCUUACUGUGUCCAGAAGUGUCCCUAGAUGAACCAGUUGUUUUUUGGAGCUCAGUUGCACAGGGUGAAAUCUAGACAUGUCUCAGUGGCAUCUCCAAAUUGUGCUUGACCAUCUUUCAGGUAUAAAGUGUGGCAGAGUAGAUUAGCAACAGGAAGGUACUUUCAGCAGUUCUGUAAUGUCAAGUUGUAGAACAUAAAACUUGUUAGCCAAAACAAGCAUAUUUUUUGUACUUCAGCAGAGAGUUCCACUCAUCCUUGGUCACAGAUGUAAAUGGAGCAGGAACUGGACUAUAUCUAGUCACUGGCUUUGGGUCAGGUAACUUGGUCACACCUGUGAGAGGUGCAGACAGCUCUUCAACUAGAUUUAUCAUUAUCAUUGUUUAUUUGUAUGCUGCCUAUCCAUAGUUAAAACCAUUCUCAAGCAGUUUACAACAUGAAAAUAAUUAAAUAACUGCAAACAUAACAAAAGUAGCCAUGAGUGAUAAAUAAAAUGUACACAACAUAAUCGAAAGAUACAAAAAAAAAAAAUCAGUACAGUGGUACCUCUGGUUACAGAUGCUUCAGGUUACAGACACUUCAGGGUUACAGACUCUGCUAACCCAGAAAUAGUACCUAGGGUUAAGAACUUUGAUUCAGGAUUAGAACAGAAAUCGUGCGAUGGUGGCGGCAGUGGGAGGCCCCAUUAGCUAAAGUGGUACCUCAGGUUAAGAACUGCUUCAGGUUAAGAACGGACCUCCAGAACGAAUUAAGUUCUUAACCAGAGGUACCACUGUAUCAAAAACAGCAAAAUUAACAUCUCAAAAGUUAAAUCUUGACCCCCCCCAACAAAAAAUCCUGAACCCCAUCCCAAGAAUUUGUAAGUAUCCUGAGUAGCAGAUCUUCCAGGACUCACAGUCAAGAUGGUACCCAGGCAAGGAGGGAAGCCAUUACCACCCCACCUCCUGGUCCAGGGCCCUUAAUCCAUUGUUUACCCCAGGCUGCCUGGCUCAAGUUCCUCAGAAUAUUCACAGCAGCUUCCCUCACUUCUUGUAGCGGCAGUGCCAUGCAGCCCAGCUGCAUCAAAUGGGCCUUGACGGGUCAGCAUUUUGGCCUUGCAGAUACAGAAAUGGGUGAACCUCUCUGCCUCCGGGAUGUGGGAAAGCGAGGCCAGGAGCUAUUCUAAAGGAACCCCCUCUUCUGUGAGCUUUUGACACUCUGCCAAGGUGCUGCCAAUCUUCUGGGCACCCCGAGCUGCUCUGUGUCCUCCAUGGAACGCCAGAAGGAGCAGUCCAGGGCCUGUUUCCCCUUUGGCAGCUGCUUUUUUAUUGGGAAGGUCAUCAGGGGCCACUUCCUGCAUUUCCCUUGGGAUGCAAACCAUUGCUCCUGCAGACAAAGAUGGCGACUGGGGAUGAGAGACAAAUGGCACUCACCAUAAAUGCCCCAAACACUUAUGAAAGCAAUCAGAUGCUUGGUCAAGCAGCCAGCCAGCCAGUCAGUCACUCUCUGUCUCUCUUAGGACAAGAAAAAGAGAAUGA